UUGAUGCAAUGUAUCUACGACCUUGCAACCUACCCAGAAUAUCAAAAGUCGCUUCGUGAGGAAAUACGAACGGUGCUCUUCAACGGCGCCACGUUGUCACUCCAAAACAUAGGGAUGCUACGAAAAGUAGACAGCUUCAUGAAGGAGGUUCUUCGAUUGAGCCCAGGAACCCUAGUGGUCAUGGCUCGCAAGGCCCUAGUUGAAGUUAAGUUGUCAGAUGAACUCACUAUUCCCCGUGGAGUUACAGUGGCAAUGCCUUCAUAUGCGCUCAACCAAGAUCCCAACAUAUACGGACCUGACGCGACUGAAUUCAAACCCUUCCGGUUCUUAGAUGUUCCAGACGUGCCGUCUUCAUCGUUGGCAUUUGAGUCCGUCUCGGGGCCAGGACUGGACUUCGGACGUGGCAAAGCUUCAUGCCCCGGUCGAUACAUUGCCUUGUGGACAAUGAAGGUUAUCCUGGCUCGUUUCAUCCAGAGAUAUGAAGUCAGACUGCAGGACGGUGCGCAGCGCCCAGUCAAUAUUGAAGCUGGUGUGCACAAGAUCGCAAAUCUCGGAGGAAAUAUUAUGAUUCGACUGGCACCAUGA